ACUGCAUUUUUUUAUGAUAAUUGUGAAGAAGCCACUGUAUUGAGCACUGAUCCAAAUAAUGGGGAAAAUGAAAUAACGAAAGCUGUUGUAUGGGGCAAUAUGUCAAUAGGAAUUGGUAAAUAUCAAUGUGAGGAAUUAUUCGCCAUUAUGGACAUUCCGUUCAUGACGCAAAAAACGUAUAGUCAGACUACUGCUGGAAUAAAAAAGAUUUGGGAAGAAAAACUUUUUGAGAAUAUGCAGAAAGCGGGAGAAGAGGAGAAGAAAUUAGCAUUGGAAAAAGGCAAUGUGAAUGCCGACGGAACGCCCUUCAUAACUGUAAUUGUAGAUGGAGGAUGGAGUAAAAGAAGUUACGGGCAUGGAUACAAUGCUCCUUCAGGAGUUGGAGUCAUAAUUGGUGCUGAAACAAAAAAACUUUUAUUUGUAGGAGUGAGAAAUAAAACUUGUUCCUCAUGCUUUUAUUAUAAAAAACAUAAUUUAGCCCCAAAGUCACAUGAUUGUGCACUCAAUUUCAGUGGUCCUUCAACAAGCAUGGAGCAAGAUAUAAUAACAGAUGGCUUUUGCAAGAGUAUCGAACAGCAUGGACUUCUAUAUAAAUAUUUGAUAGGUGAUGGAGAUUCAAGUGUAUAUUCAAGGGUUGUUGAAAAGGUCCCGUACGGUCGGCAAGUGAUAAAAAUUGAGUGUGCCAAUCAUAUGACUAGAUGUGUGAGCGAUAAGCUCCACAAAUUAGCUAAAAAUACAGCAUUUGAGAUUUUCAAUCGAAAAAUGUUAACAAAAAAAAUUAAAAACAUAACUAAUGUGGAAAGAUUGGUUAAAUCAGUGAGAAUUAUUGUGAAAAAUAAUAAAAAUGAUGUGGUGAUGUUACGCAGGGAUUUGGGAAACGCUCCUUAUCAUAUAUUUGGAAACCACGAGAACUGCAGGGACACAUAUUGCAAAAGGAAAAACGACGGGGAAGAAGAUUGUACUAAGAUAAUGAGUCCGCUCUUUUUUCAAGAGAUUUUGAAAAUCUUAGAGCCUAUGAAAAAUAAGGCGGAUAGAUUGGCAUACAAUGAAACCACAAACCAAGCAGAAAGGUUGAAGAAGAAUCACAACUACUAUUUCCAGAUUCAGGGCCAAUUGAACAUAUGCAGAAGAGAAUAUUGUGAUUUUAUUCUAUACUGCGACAACGAUUUUCACGUAGAAACCAUUAAAAGAGAUGAGAAUAUCUGGAAGAAUAUUAUGGUACCAAAAUUGAGAGAAUUCUAUGAAAAUUGUAUUCUCCCGGAGAUAAUAGAUGGGAGAAUUCCAAGAGGAAUGCAAGUUCGCGAGCCAGAAUCUUGAACUUAUGCUUCAACGCGUAGGGCUUUCCCUCGCUUACCAAAAAAAGUUCUUGAAAUUUAAAUACACUUAUAAAAUAUUUUUUCUCCGAUUGACAACAAAUUUCAAUUUUGCAGACACAUAUCAAUCAGUAAAGUAUUACUUUUCCUGCCUACGCAGCAAAGUAAGUACUUUCAUGCUUAGGCAUCAUCAGAAAUGAUUAAUGGAAAAAAAAAAUUUCAAACUACAAUUAUUAUGGACAUAUACAUUUCCAUAGCAACCAACCAUCGAACAAUUGCAAUUUGUAUGAAAUUUCAUUUCAAUUUAUCACUACAAAAAAAAUUAAAAGAUCAAUACUUAUACAUGGCCGAGCGUAGCGUGACUAGGAAUUCAGCUGAGGUAGUCAAUUUACUGCUUUGCCGCCUAAUAAAACAAAUAACUAUCAAAAGUGACUUUUAUUUGACAAUAACCUUUUUUAUCCGAUUUGAAAAAAUUAUUAAAUAUUGAACUUAGAUGAGCUGAAUAUAUCUGUAAAAACCCCAAGUGUUCCUUUUCUUAUUGCCUUCACUCAUUUUUUUACGUGUCAAAUGUCAAAUAAUCAUU